GGUGUGUCUAAGUACCCCAUCAUUUUGAAAAUAAAGCUUUUAAUAAAACACGACUUAAAAACGGUAUUAAAAUAAUUCGGGUCCACAUUAAGCCCGACCAGAUAUUAGUCCACUCAAAGAACUAUCCACUAUAUAACACAACUUAAAUUUGGACUCUAUGCUAACCUGAUUUCGAGUACAAAAUUUGUAGACAGGAGCCUAUGUUUCAACCCUCCCCAUUUUAUCGAUAUCGAUAAGAAUCGCAAGCGUGUAGCGUACUAUUUAAAUCGUUUAUGUUGGUACUAUGGUUCUUUGACAGUUCUUUGUCGUAUAUUUUGGUAAUGAUUUGCGAAACAAACUGAUUCCACUCGCUAGUAUGAAAGUCCCGUCUUUUAAAAAGUAGUGAUUAUAAUAUAUGUUAUUUUUCUUUGUUUUUGAGGUAAUGUUAAGUUAAUGAGUUGCGUGUUAAUUUCGCUUUAAAUGAAAUUGUUGUACCAGCACGAGCUGUCUACGAUACGUGCUUUGCAGUUUUUGCCAAAUGAAAAAAUAUACUUUAGCUUUCGUCGACUGUUCAAAGCUUGGAUGAAACGAGAAAGGUUCUCAUUGCUACCAGCUUGUGAGCAUACAACAAGAUGUCACAAGCGACUGCAUAUGUUAAAGAGGAGGCAGUGUGUGUGAAGACAGAGCCCGGAGAGUCGUUUGUGGAGGAGGAGUGGGAGUGCGAGGACAGCGCGUGGAGCAGAGUGAGCGCGGCGGCCGCGCGGGCCGAACUAUAUACCGACCAUGAGGUCAAGGACGAGCUCGUGCUGGGCCCCGAGGAGUGGCACCGCCCUAAAGUGCUCCCAUUACAAGAUGAAGAGCCCAUACUGGUGGAGCAGUCAGAGGUCGGAGAGAAGACCAAGGAACUCAUGGUGUGUUCGGACGGCAGCGCCGCCCGCGCCAGGGAACAGCUCGCGACGGCUUGUUCCGUGGUGCUCGAGCGCCUCCGCGGCGACGCCACUGCGAACAGUGGAGACAAACCCAACGGCUGCGAACACUGCGGCAAGCGUUUCAAAAACAAGUUUAUUUUGAGGAAACACAUAAAACACACGCACUUGUCAACCGGACCAAAACCAUUUGCUUGUGAUUUUUGUAAUUCUACGUUUCAAACCAAAUUGCUUGUGAUAGAACACGAGAAAAGCGAACACGGUGUUACAAAUUUCAUGUGUGCUGAAUGUGAGUAUGCAACAAGUUCCAAGAAAACUUUGGAGACUCAUUUAAAGAGUCACACUUUGGAGAAUAAAUUCAAUUGUAGACACUGUAGCUACACAAGUUCGUGUAAAACUGAUUUACACAAACACCAAGCAAUACACAUGGCUGGAAAUCCUUUUAAGUGUAGCGACUGUGACUUUAAAUGCAGUGUAGAAUCAAACCUGCGACGUCAUCAGAAGACACACAACCGGAGGCAGCAGAGAAUACUUACUGGAAAACAACCUUACAAAUGUAGUAAUUGCGACUACAAGUGCAGUGAUAGUUAUAAGUUGCGAAGACACGAAAGGACACAUACUGGCGAGAAGCCUUUUAUAUGUAGCUACUGUGAUUACAGAUGCAGUCAGAAAUCAUACUUACGAACACACCAGAUGAUACAUACUGGGGAGAAGCCAUUUCAAUGUAGCAUCUGCGACUACAGGUGCAGGCAGAAAGGAGAUUUACAAAUUCACCAAAGAAUACACACCGGAGAGAAGCCGUAUACAUGUAGUUAUUGCGACGUCAAAUGCAGAGAUAAGCUAAGUUUACGAAAACAUCAAGUGGCGCAUGGCGUGAUGCCUUUUCAGUGUAGCCACUGUGAAUACAAAUGCUUUAAGAUAUCACACUUACGAUCACACCAGAUGAUACAUACUAGCGCGAAGCCAUUUGAGUGUAGCGAGUGCGACUACAGGUGCAAGCGGAAACAACACUUACUAUCACACCAGAGGAUACACACUAGAGAGAAGUCGUGAAACUGUAGUCAUUGCGACUACAAGUGCAGUAGGUCAAAGUUACGAAUAGAUGAAUUGACACAUACUGGUGGGAAGUAACAGUUUUGAAUGAUUCACGCAGAGAAGUUGGAGUAAUUAACCAAAUGUGUGACACAACAAACAAAAAUACGAUAAUAAAACAAAAGGAUUUAAAAGGAACAGGCUCUUGAGCGCGGUCGCAGGGGCCCAUGACAGCCCGAUAUUUGGCCACUGGGCGAAAUCUCACGCGCCACAUGCCAACUACGACAAGUAAUCAGUUUAAUAUAAUGUGAUUGAUAAUUUUAAUUUAAUUUAUUUGUUAAUUUUAAUGUAAUUUAAUUGAUAAUUUUGAUUUAAUGUAAUGAAUAAUGUUAAUUUAAUUUAUCCGCAUUUUUAAUUUAAUUUAAUUCAUAUUUUUAUUUUAUUUUUUGUAAUUUAUAUGUAAAUAUUUUGGUUGUUUGUUGUUUUGUGUAUUACCUAUGGAUAUUGUCCGAAAUAAAUGCUUUUUAUUUUAUUUAUUUAUUUAUUUAUAAAUAUUGCAUUACGUAUGAACGCGAAGAUGACUUAGAUUUUCUUUGCAUAGGAAUUAAUGUAAGAAGGAUGGCGUGCUUUACGUUAGAGAGGAAUUCUGUUUUCUACGUAACUAUUGUAAUGUGUUGUUAACCAUUUAAUAAAAUGUAUGUUGAAAAACAAAUCAAUUACUUUUAUUUACAUUUCACGUAUCAAGUAGGUAUUAUUUAUUCCUCGUGUAAGUAGAGUACUUUUGCAGUAAUUUGUACAUGAUUAAAAUGAUUGAUGACUAAUGAUUAAUAAUUUACAAUAAAACUAUUUGGGAUCACCCUAUAUGGAGCGGGACGUCAAAUUGAUGUCAUCGGCAUGAAAAUUACGGGCCCUGGACAUUAUAAACAAAAUAAUGAAUAGCUGAUAAAAUGUUCACAUACAAGUGGCCAGUAUUAGACUAUAUUAAUACUUAA